UUUUUUGUCCUCUUCUUUUCUCUCUCUCUCCCAGCUGCGCCCUCCCCCGUGCUCCUCGCGUCCGCGACGAAAAGUAUAUUUAGGCUUUUCCGCGGAGAGAAAAGAGCCGGCCGAAGGGAGAAAGUGCGGAGACGCCGCUAAACGGAGAGACGGAGAGAGGCAGACGACGUUUGCGCCUCUGCGCUCGCUUCUCGUCGCACGUUAGCACGGCGAGCGUAGGCGGGAGGAGAGGAUGAAUUCGCUAAAUGCGGGAGAACGAUAUGUUCAACAGAAAGUUUAACGGGAAAUCGUAUUUAUGCGUAUCCGCGCGCGAUAAAGCAGAUGCUUUAAGCCCCCGUCGAGUUUUCAAGGGGGGCACGGAAGGACACGGGUGAAGAGUUGAUUUUUCUUGCCGUUAGAGAAAUGCAAUCCCUGCGGGAGCAGGUCUUCCAAGACCUUCAAACCAAAGAAGAACAUCCCGGAGGGCACUCAUCAGUACGACCUGAUGAAACAUGCCGCCGCUACGCUGGGCUCCGGCAACUUGCGACUGGCCGUUAUGCUUCCCGAGGGAGAGGAUCUGAACGAGUGGGUCGCUGUUAACACCGUUGACUUUUUCAAUCAAAUCAACAUGCUGUACGGCACCAUCACGGAAUUCUGCACGGAGGAGAGUUGUCCCAUCAUGUCGGCCGGACCCAAGUACGAGUAUCACUGGGCCGACGGUCACACGGUGAAAAAGCCUAUCAAGUGCUCGGCACCCAAAUAUAUAGACUAUUUAAUGACUUGGGUGCAGGACCAAUUGGACGACGAGACUUUAUUUCCAUCCAAAAUCGGAGUUCCUUUCCCCAAAAAUUUCUUAUCUAUCGCGAAGACUAUCCUGAAGCGGUUAUUCAGAGUGUACGCUCACAUCUAUCAUCAGCACUUUAGCGAGGUCGUGCAGCUCGGCGAGGAAGCGCACUUAAACACGUCGUUCAAGCAUUUCAUAUUCUUCGUUCAGGAAUUUAAUUUGAUCGAGAGAAGGGAAUUGGCGCCUCUGCAGGAGCUAAUAGAGAAACUGACGGCGAAAGACGCGCGAUGAGUCCGCCUACAGUCUACGAGCCGCUCGUCCUCUCGAAACUUUUCCAAAGAAUCUCUCAACCACGCUGUCUUCGCUAACCCGCACGUACAAUUGCAUUAUUUAAACCGAUCUAUUAAUCGCCAACCCCACGAUCUGCCUCCGUCUCGAAGAAUUGGCGGCGAGAAACACUGCUGCCGUUCCGGAAACAAGCAACUGAUAACAGCCAGCAAAUGCACACGGCGUUCGCUCUGAAGCCUUACAUUCUUCUCCGGCGGUGCAUGGAUGUAUUCUAUAUACUCACCGCGUACAUAUACAUAUAUACGUGUACAUGACACAAAGAGAGAGAGAGAGAGAGAGAGAGAGAGAGAGAGAGAGAGAGAGAGAGAGAGAGAGAGAAAACCACUAUCGAGCGGAUAAGGAUAACGAGACGGUAGUUCCGAGACGGCGCGUUCGACUUUGUGACUCGGUUUUCUACGAACGUUUCUCCAAGCACGUUUCAAUCGUAAUUUAUUGCGUUUUAUCAGUUGCACCGCUGAUACGCGAAGGAGAGACAGUCGAGAGCGCGAUUUUUCAGUACAAAGUGCGCAAAUCUCGAGAAAAGGACGUUUCUGAAAGCGCUAGACAGACUCGUCUCUUUUUCGCGCGUGGAGUAUGAUGAAACAAGAUCGCUCGUGAUGCUCGCGGGUCCCGCAAUUUUGUUACUAUUAUCCGCCGCUCUAUUUUCAACUUAUUUUCUGUCCUGGAAACAAAAUCAGCCAAUCUACUAAUUUGUGUUCGCUGAAUCAGAAUAUGUUGGUGAAAACUGGUCAUUGGUUCUACUAGUUCCAAUGAUACAGGAGGUUAAAAUCCUCAAAAACUGCUCUUUUUGAUAUUGUUAGUCGACUGUAACUUUUAAACGUGGCGAGCGUGGCGCAGAGAAAUGUGCUACUUAGUAAACAAAUGAACGAGAAGAUCAGAGUUCAAAUCCACCCACGGAUACCGCUGGUUUUUUCGGACGCUACCUCUCUCUCUCGGAGAGAAGUGGCAACUACCGAGAAUAUCCUGCCACACGUAUUCCUGUUCUCCGAAAAAGGGGGUUGACGAGGGACUAAUAACUCCUCACCGUAAAAAUUCACUGUUGCGAAUACACACAAUGAGACGGAGACAAUUUGUUAUGAGGGUUGGGGCCCAACUUGGGGCUGUACAGCCGGUUAUGAUGAUGUAACUUUUAAACGCAAGUGAUUCGAAAACGUUUCAAGAAGAAGCGUAUAUACAUAUUUUUACUUUACAAAAAAAAAUUGAAAUUUUUGCAAAUAAUUUUUAACUUUAUUUAUUGGGGAUUGUGUAAACUUAUCUACAAUAAAACUAAAAAUCACCUCAGGAAUGCAAAUAUUAUAUUUGCCCGUAAAAUUCCUGAAAAUGUUUCUUAAUAAAGCAGAAGAUAUAAGCUUCCUCUUGAGAUAUUUUCGAUUUAUUUGCCAUGUUUCGUAGUAAAAUGACGGUCGAUCAAAAAAAGGGUUUUGGGGAUUUCAACUCUCUAUCGAAACAAGAACUAGUAAAACUUUUUCACCAAGAUAUUCGGAUUCAGCAACCCCUAAUUAAAGAUUAACUCAUUUUGUUUCCGAGGCAUUUUCGUUGUAGAUCAGUGUUAUCGGAUGUAAAAAUAAUGUCGUUAUUAUUACGAAUGUAGAAAUUAUCAAUCGUGUUUUUUCGUACGUAUUCGUACUACGUAUGGAUGCAGCGACGUAUCGUGAAUUUCGUACGGCUACUCUUACGUUUAGGGAUAGUUUUAUAAACGAUUAUUUCCUACUUCAUCUCUCGGGUUAGCAUCCCGUAUCGUAUUCUUUCUUUAUCGAGGAACUGCACACCGUUGGUAAUAACAUAUUAUUAUGUAUAGUGCCGUUAAAAAAGAAAAGGAAAGAAGAGUUGACGCGCGUAACGCUAUCGUAAUUACUAUGUAACAACUUUAAGAUAUCGUCCUGUUAAGCGCUUAUAGACUUAUUUAUAUACGACUAGGGUUUUUGUACGCGUUUUGUCCCCGUAGAAAGUGAUAUUUCCCGCUUCAGACGCUUUUCAGAUACCCGGUAGUCAGGCGGUCUACGUCGUCUUACUGCAAUUUCCCAUAUAACUCGGCAAUUUUCAGUUUCCGAUUUCUAUUAUCUAAUAGAAAGUAACGUUACGACAACGUGCGUUAUCGACAAAAUAAAAUAUCACGGUGUUUAUUCCGCGAAACGCUAAUCGAUGUGACACGAUACUUCACCGGCUCGUAUUUAUCUUCGUCUACAUCGCCAUCCGAUUGAUUUCAUAUUGCGUUAAUGAGCAAAGGAUUUCUAUCGAGCCAACACUCUAAUCGUCCACGAAGCUCCGAUCCGCAACGUUCGAGUUCGCUUUUCUUUUGCUUUUAGUCGGUACUUAACAAAGAGAACAUCAAUUGUACAACUCUUGGGCUGACUGCGCAUCGCGAAUUGCACAAGUCUCAAGUAUCAUUAAUAAUUGAUCAACAUCGCCGACCGUUAUUGCCACUUACGUGAGACAACUCGACUCGUCACGAACGUAAUUUCGUGGUCUCUUUCGGCAAGCCGCGCGUACGAUGACAACAGGUCUUUAGGGAGACUCCAAAGUGCUGAGGAAAAAGUCUUAGAAAAGUGAAACAUAUUUUUUUCAUUGCAGUAGACGUUAAGAGUUUCGAUCGCGUGAACCUUGUAUAUGUAUACGUAUAUGUAUACAUAUUGCAUAUAUAUAUAAAUAUAUAUAUAUAUCGACGUAUUUUAUUAUAACGACACAAAAUAGUGAUUAACGGCAGCGAAGUAAGGUGAUAGCGCCCGAGGGACAAGGGCGGCGCGUAAUAUACACACUGAACAUGUAGACGUAAAUGAUAAACGAUAGUGAUGGUAAUAUUGUAUUCGGUACUUAAGGAAAGGCGGAGAGAGCGAGAGCGAAGAACAAAAUCGACUGCGUUCUUCGGAGAACUGUUACAAUGGCGCCCGUUUGGUACGCGACGGACGAUAGUCGCCUAUUAGAAGACUACUACAUUCGUUCUCGAUGAGUCCGACCGGUUGCAAAUGGCUAUUUUUGGUCUCGUACGAGUACCAGCGAUGUCUCGACCCUAAUUGCUUUCCAUUCGUCACGUUUAGACGCUUACCUUAGCGACGAUCUCCCCCGAUCGAGGAAAACAACGCGUCCUUUCUCCCUUUCCCCUUGAGCGACUUUCCGCGGCGCGAGUGCCUCAAAACGCGACUGUCCGACACGGUCGUGCGAAUUAUCUGCGAACAAUGCGUUUCGAAAUUAUCCUAAAAUAUUACACGCGGAAAAUUAGCGAAAGAUCGAAAAAAAUGAGCAAUUUUAUGCCGAAAUAGCCGGACUGGCGAGGAUAAACUUCUCGAGUAUUCACACAAAUUCUGUAACUUUUUAUAGAUCUCUAUUAGAUAUAGAUAAAGUAAGUUUUCGAGGACAUUUUCAAGCUCUUAGCUGAACGUCUCGAGAAAGAAAGACGCCUAUCCGCAAGAUUGUUCCUCGUCUUCGGCUCUUUCAGCGUUAAAGAUUAGCGCGCACUAAGUAAUCUACUAAGAUUAGAAAGGAUGAAAAUUAGGGCGAGGCUUGUAGAAGCCGAUUCGGCGAUCCUGAUAAUCUGAUCACAUUCGAAUUGUGAACAUGAACGACGAGCGAUAACUCGAUCGCGUAAAGGGACCAUUUUUUAUGCUAGAAACCUUCUCGAGAUCAUUUCUUUACGCGUCGGGGAGGACGAUCGUGUUGAGAUGAGGUUGUAUUCUCUUCGUUCGGAACGGCCUUUCGCGGAGAGUUCUCGACGACCAACUGUCCGCUCGUCUGAUAGUAACGCUAGUGAUAUAUGUGCAAUGUAAAUAAUAUUUUUCACGAUUAAACCGGAAAACCCCCGGCGUCCUAAUUACGGCGCACGGACCGCGUCUAAAAUGUUUAUAGUCCUGAAUAUAAUCUUGUAAUCUUUCUGUAAUAAAUAUCGUUCCGAUUGUA